UAGGCGCUCUACCUCUCGGUAUUUCACUCAUGAUUGCUCCGUUCGUCAAACUCGCUUCGGAACGCUUCGGCUAUAGAUCGGUAGCCAUCUCCGGCGUCGUCUCGACAUCGGCUGGAGUCUUUAUGACGUCAUUCCUAUCUAGUCUCAUACCAAUGUUUGCUACGUUUGGUGUAAUGGCUGGUAUAGGGGCAGGACUUUUCACAGUGUGUGCCUUUGAUUUAAUAGUCCUGUACUUCCCUGAGAGGAAUACAAUGAGAGCUGUGGCAAUAGCUUCUACGGGAUCUACAACAGGAAUGCUGGCAUUCUCACAAAUAAUGGCUCUCCUCUUAAGAAAGUACGGUUGGCGGAUAACGCUACGAGUCAUGGGAGGGCUUCUCUUUACUGUCGGUCUUCCAAGCGUCAUGACUUACAUCGUCCCAUCUCGUCUCCAUAGCAACAAGGACAAUGAGAACGAGGACUGCAAAAUGGUACCUAGAGAUAAGACAUCUUCCACUGCUAAAGCUCCAUUACAUGAAAAUUCCAGGAGACUGCUUGACCAGUCACAUGACUCGGCACGUGACGCAUCUAUAGGAGACCAAGUACAAUGUACGUCAGACUCAAAGGCUUAUAGAACAGAGGAAGGGCUAGGUGAAGAUGUGGACAGUUUACUGGAAGAUGGAGAAAUUAUUAGCGAUGAUACUGAGGUGGUAGCUGAAAUCUCAGAUAUUGGUGAGAUGCCUGUUAGAGGUUCUGAAUAUACUGAAGAUGAUCUAGUAAACCCAGACUCGGAAAUUGCGUUACUUGAUAACAAAGAACAAUCUGAAUCGCUGAUGAACUUCAAUGCUCCCUCCCAAACUGCGUCUACUGCAUCCAAGAUGGAUCCACUGAUAUCCGCAUACGAAUUUGAGGAGAACAUCAUCCCUGAGGAUCAAUCGGUGAUGAAGACCGAGUCAGCAUUUCAGUUAAAUUCGUUGAGUUAUAACAAUCAUGACAAUGGGGACACUUACAAGAAUCUGUCCAUUUUGGAAGAUGGUGAUAACGUGAUGACGAGAUCGGAAUUAGCUGAGGAGGAUCAUCAAGAUCCUAGGAUGCUUUGGAAAAUAGGAAGGGCGUUGACCUUUCCUGAGCUGUGGAUGGUAGCUAUUUCAAACAUCCUCAAUGGAAUAGGAGAUUGUUUCUAUUAUAUCAAUGUGAUCAGCUAUUUGAUGUCUAUCGGGUUUGAGGAAGAGACGGGAGUUCAGUUUGUGUCUUUCACUGCCUUGUCUAGUCUUGUCUGUAAAGUGCUUUUGGUUCUGGUAGGAGAAUAUGUGCCCUUUCCAAGAAUCUUCCUACAGGUCUUCGCUAACUUCAUCAGUAUCCUCGCCCUGAUUGCGUUCAUGUUGGUCACGAAUGUUGUACCUGUACUCUGUAUCGCCAUUGCUGCCGGAAUGACCAUGGCGAUAUCUAACGUAGUGAUAUUCAGUCUUGCCCCUGAUCUGUUUGGAGCGAAGAAGGCAAUAGAGACCUCUGCGGUCUUGUACCUCAGCUACGGCUCGGGGUUUCUUCUUGGAUCUCUUGUUGGUCAAAGCAUCGAUAAGACAGGUUCCUAUACGAGCGCCCUCUUUGCUUUCAUUGGUAUCUUCGUCACAUCAGGAAUCCUGCUGUUAAUGGCGCCUCUUUAUCAACGCCUCUUCGCACCUGAACGGUUUGUAACAUUUGACCUACAUCGGAGGAAGAGGGAGGCAAGGAGCAAGAAUAGAAAAUCGGUUAAAGAUCAAGGCGAAAAUAGAGAGAAUUCGGAUAAACAGGGAUGAAUCCUAAAUCAUUUGUUAAGGACUUGACAGUAACAUGAACAGUUUCUUGCCUUGCAUUUAGGGUGGUGUAUUGUGUGAUGAAAUUGAUUGAUUGAUUGGAUUGAAUACUCUUAUUUGUCAAGACCUAGGUGCAUUAAUAAUAUAGAACUGAGAGAAGAAAUAUAUAACCACAGACUCAACAAUAAAAGCUAAAAACGAGCUAAUACCAAUGUGGUACUUGGAUAUAAAUUUAUUUGAUAAAUGAUAAUUUAUUAAUUCUUAAAUAAGUGGAAAUAGUGCUUUCCACCAAAUACCAAGUUAAAUACUAAACAAAUUAAAAUACAACACAACAGAAAUAUAUUCAAAUAAAUUCUUGUGCCUCGAUUUUUGCUCGUAAAAUUUGACUGAUUAUUUCUGAAAUUGAAAUUGUUUGAUAGGCUAUGGAUAGCCUUUUCCCCCGCCUUAGUUUAUUUCUCCCAAGUCCCUUAUCUUAACCUCAUAUUCAUGUAUAACAUUACUUUUGCAUAACCGAUUACAAAUUGCAUGUAUCUUCUCUCCUUUGUUUUCUCGUAUAUUUUACUCAUAAUUAUUUUUGAACCCUGCACUGCUCAUGCAUUUACAUUUAUUUUCAACAAGCUGUGAUAUUUUGCAUUGUACAUGAAAAUAUUGUAUACUAGUUUCUGCCGUAAAUCUUUUUCCCAUUGUAAUAUUUAAACAACAGUGUGUAUACGAGUUAUGUAAAUGAACUGUGGUUUAUACUCCCUUCUGGUAAAUUCGGUUGAAGAUGUUUAAUAGAGUUAUGAACAAUCAAAUUUAACUGUCAUGGCAAACGUCAACAAGUAAAGUAUUAUUAUUUCGAAGAAAUUAAGGUUUGUCAAUUUUGGAUGAUCAAACCCGAUUAGACUCACCGUAUAUCAGUGUGCUACGGAUAUUAUGCAAAGUUCAU